AUGGGUUUCUUUAGUAAGUUGGAAGGUCGGAUGGACCUCUUGAACACUAUCCUCUGCCUCGGCCUCGAUCCCAGGGUCGAGCAGGUGGACAAGUUUGCAAAAACCGACGAAUUCAGGAGAUUAUUUCUAGAAAACGUAAAGAAUAACGAUCGUUCAUACAAAAAGGAAGAGUCUUCCACAUAUGUUAGGCUCAAAUUGUACUGUUUGCACAUUCUUGACAGCACUCUGGACCACGUGUGCUCCGUCAAACCUAAUUUUGCCUUCUUCUUGGCCCACGCCACCGAAGGUGUACAGGUGCUUUUGGAGGUUUGCCAGUACUUGCGGGAGCGCGACGUCCCAGUCCUGCUCGAUUGCAAGCUCGGCGACAUCGGCUCCACGACCGACUACUACAAAAAGUUCGUGUUCGGCCAGCUGAAGGCCGACGCUUGCACUGUUAACUCGUUCAUGGGCACUGACGUUCUUCGGUCCUUUUGCACUGAUUCCGGCGGCAAUUUCGUAAACGACGUCUUCGUCCUUGCCAAGUGCUCCAAUCCCUCCUCUCGGGAGCUCCAGUCUGCUCUUUUCAAGGACGAUGUUCCCCUGUACAUGCGUCUCAUCGACCAGACUGAGUCUCUGGGUCACAAAUUUGGCUACGUCGUUGGCUCCAAUUGCGUUGACGCCAUUAAGAGGAUCCGCGAGAAGUACGAUUCCUACCUUUUGGUCCCCGGUGUCGGUUCACAGGGUGGCGACCUUGAGCAGACUAUAAAAUACGGUCUAAAUAAGGAUAAAAGGGGUCUUUUGGUUCCUAUUUCUCGUGCUAUUACUGACACUGAUGUAAGUUCUAUUAUUGGCUCUCAGUAUUUACUUUAA